AUGGCUCGGCAUAACGCGGUUUCUCUUCAUCCAGACUCAGAUUUGGGUGACACCGCAUUGGAGUGUUAUAAAUGUGGUAAUCGAAAUGUGUUUGUAUUAGGAUUUGUUGCAGCCAAACAAGAGUCUGUUGUGGUACUUUUGUGUCGUCUGCCCUGUGCUCAGACUAAGAACCCUGAUUGGGAUACUGAGCACUGGCAGUCUCUUAUAGAGGAUCGUCAAUUUUUACCUUGGGUGGCCAAACCUCCCGGCGAGGAGGAUCUGAUUAAUUCUAGACCUAUCACUAUCUCGCAGAUUUCUCAAUUGGAGGCCAAAUGGCGUAUGAAUAAGAAUGCCACAAUAGAAGACUUAGAAAAAGAACCGGAGACAGAGGCAGUUCCUAUCUUAAUGAGAUAUUCCGACGCAUUCCAAUAUCAAAGAUCAUUUGCCCCGCUAGUCAAACUUGAGGCUGAUUAUGACCGUCAGGCUAAGGAAUCGAAAGCUUUGGAAAAUAUAUCCGUCAGCUGGGGAUUGGGUCUAAACAAUCGUCAUUUGGCCUCAUUUGCGUUCUCGACGUACGAAACUUCUGAUCUAAAAGUUGCUGUUGGUGACGAGAUGAUUCUAAGAUACGAUGGGCCCGAGCUCGAUCACCCUUGGGAAGCUUCCGGUUAUAUAAUACGACUUCCAAAUGCGACACAAGAAGAAUUCACCAUGGAGUUGAAACCUGCCAAAGGUUCCCCUCCUACUGAUAUCACCAACAGGUUCACUGCAGAGUUUGUCUGGAAGGGUAUUUCAUACGAUAGAAUGCAAAUGGCAAUGAAAACGUUUGCCGUUGACCCACAGUCAGUGUCCGAGUAUAUUUAUUACAAAUUACUAGGCAAAGAGGCGGAAUCCGUGGAAUUCGAUGUUAAGAUGCCUAAGAAUUUCAAUGUUAAUGGUGCAACUACGUUGAAUGAUUCUCAGUUAAAGGCCGUUAAGGCUGCUUUGCGUAGUCCCUUAUCGAUUAUUCAAGGACCUCCCGGCACCGGUAAAACCGUUACUUCUGCCAGUAUAGUCUAUCAUCUAUGCAAGAUCCACAAGCAGAAGGUGAUUGUUUGUGCACCUUCCAAUGUUGCUGUUGAUCAUUUGGCGUAUAAGCUUAUUCAGAUGGGGUUGAAGGUGGUAAGAAUUGUGGCUCGAAGCCGUGAAGAUCUUGAUAGUUCCGUUGAAAAGUACUGUUUGAACAGUCAAGUGAAAGCCGGAGCCUCUAAACUUCUCAAGAAAUUGAUUAAGCUCAAAGAAGAAGUAGGAGAACUAUCAGAAAGAGAUUCAAGGAAGUAUUUCAGUAUGCUCAAAAAGGCUGAGUUUCAAAUCCUAUCGAAUAGUGAGGUAAUAUGCUGUACAUGCGUUGGUGCUGCAGAUAAGAGACUUACCAAGAUGAAGUUCAGAUCAGUUCUUAUUGAUGAGAGCACUCAGGCAUCCGAGCCUGAAUGUCUCAUUCCUAUUGUGAAGGGUGCCAAACAAGUCGUACUAGUGGGAGAUCACCAGCAGUUGGGACCUGUAAUUGUUAAUAAAAAGGCAGCAGAAGCAGGUUUAAAGCAAUCCUUAUUUGAGAGGUUGAUUUUCUUAGGAUACACACCGCUUAGAUUGGAAGUGCAAUACAGAAUGCAUCCUGCUCUUUCUGAGUUCCCUAGUAACAUGUUCUACGAUGGUUCGUUACAAAAUGGUGUUACUGCUGAAGAAAGGACAUGGCCAAAUUCGAGUUUCCCCUGGCCUAUUAGAGAUAUUCCAAUGAUGUUUUGGGCAGUUUAUGGUAGAGAGGAGAUAUCUGCCUCAGGAACUUCUUACUUGAAUCGUGUCGAGGCAAUGAAUUGCGAGAGAAUCAUUACUAAACUUUUCAAAGACGGAGUUAAGCCAGAACAGAUUGGUGUUAUCACUCCUUAUGAGGGUCAGAGAGCGUAUAUUUCGCUGUAUAUGCAGAUGAACAGUUCGUUGGCGGAAAAGGCAAAGUACAUGGAUAUUGAGGUGGUGUCUGUGGAUGCUUUUCAAGGGAGAGAGAAAGAUUUCAUUAUAUUGUCGUGCGUUCGUGCAAAUAAUCAGCAAUUGAUUGGAUUCCUUAGAGAUCCACGGCGUCUCAAUGUGGCAUUAACGCGUGCCAGGUUGGGAUGUAUUAUUCUUGGUAAUCCAAAGGCUUUGAGUAGAGAUAGGCUUUGGAAUUACUUGCUUUCCUACUACAGAGAUAAGGGAUGUCUUGUAGAGGGACAGCUAGAUUACUUGCAGAUCUCUUCUGUUCAGCUCGGUAGGCCCAAGGCUACCUAUACACCUGUGGAACGUCGCACCAAUGGUAAAAUUGUUGGUGGUGGUGGCCAACGCAGUGAGUAUUCUGCCGAAACUGCAAGUCUGGUCUCGUACGAAGGGUCUGCAUUUACCAGCACUCUUUCAAAUAGAAGUUUAUGGCCUAAGAUAUCAGAAAACCAGGAUGACUCCGAUCGUGAGUCAGCCUACCAAGCUGACAGUCUGGUGUCAGGAAGGUACGAUGAGGAAGGGAACGGUCAGAGUACUUCUGGAAUCAAUGGAACUACAAAUGGUGUCGACGGUAACAGCGAUGAUGAGGACAACUAUAAAAACGAUAUCCAGAACUUGACCAGCUCAUUUGCCAAGCAGUUCACCUUUUAA